AUGGCAGCCAUCGCCAUGGGCGCGCAGCCUUUGCGCAUAACCUCCCUCUUCCCUCGCAUCUCCGCGCCAGCCUUCGCUCAGUCACCAAGAAUCCUCUCCCUCUACACACGCCAAGUCACCAACUCGUUCCUCCCGGCGCUCUCCUUCGCGCUCCCGGCUUUCAACCUCAACAUCCCCGCCUGGCUCGGCGGCAUCUGGGAGUCCAUCUUGCGAGCGGUACCCAAGAAGAAGACCUCUCACUCGAAGAAGAGACACAGGCAGAUGGCAGGCAAGGCGUUGCAGGAUGUCAAGUCUCUGUGCAAGUGCCCAGGCUGCGGCCAGAUCAAGAGGCAGCACGUGGUAUGCCCACACUGCCUGAGCAAGAUCAAGGAUAUGUGGAAAGAGGAGAACCCCUCAGGAAACAUACUUUGGCGUUUGGGACAAUCCAUCACCUUCUUCCGACGUGCCCAGCUGUCAUCAGACCGGUGUUUACUGUGGCGAACAAAGGUCCUCGAACUUCGUCUGGAGGUUGCGAAUGUGUUCAUCAGCGCAUCUUUACAAUGA